GUGGCUACUUGGUUCCGCCAGCCCCAGAGGCUUAUAAGGCUUUUCCCCACCGUCGGAAAGGUGCCGAGGCACGGGUACAAGAGGUCGCUUUGUGUGUUGUCUUCACAGCCGGCGGGAAGCAAACGCGUUCUCGAAAGCUAAGGGCUUCAACGACCCCUCUUAUGAGCAUCAUGGCAGUCCCAGGUUGCAACAAGGACAAUGUCAGAGCAGGCUGUAAAAAAUGUGGCUACCCUGGUCAUCUGACUUUUGAGUGCCGCAAUUUUCUCCGAGUAGAUCCCAAAAGGGACAUAGUUUUGGAUGUCAGCAGUACAAGCAGUGAAGAUAGUGAUGAAGAGAAUGAAGAACUGAAUAAAUUGCAGGCAUUACAGGAAAAACGAAUAAAUGAAGAAGAGGAGAAGAAAAAAGAAAAAAGCAAAGAGAAAAUCAAAUUGAAAAAAAAAAGAAAAAGGUCUUAUUCCAGUUCCACUGAAGAGGAUACUUCAAAACAAAAGAAACAGAAAUGUCAGAAGAAAGAAAAGAAAAAAGAAAAAAAGACCAAAUCAAAAAAAGGGAAACAUCAUAAAAAGGAAAAAAAGAAGAGAAAAAAAGAAAAGCAUUCUUCUACUUCUUAUCGUUCUGAAUUCACCAAAAAGUAACUGAAACUUUGGCCUGAGUCACUAAAUUUAAAAAUUCAUUUAUAAAAAUUAUUUGCCCUCCUUAGAAUUUGCUGUAUGAUUAUGCUUUGCAAUAUAUCCCAACCUUUUCACAUAGACAUUUUUCAUGUGUAGAACCAUUAUCCCUCUGGCCAUAUGUAUUAAGUCAGCCUUGUUACUUAGUAGCCAUGCCCCAAGUGUAGAUAUUUGUACAUAUGAAACAUCCUUUUUGACAUUUGUGUCUCUGUGUGUUUGGCUAGUGCUAUUACUUCUAUGUUGAUUAUGGCUUUACUGCAGUCAAUACAAGUAAUGUACCUAGUGUUAACUAGUAGUGCUGAAUCAAGUGUCUACCUUCCGGUGAUAAAGCUGCGGGUAAUGAUUUGCUCUUGAUACUGAAUAUUUUACUAGCUUUAUAUACUCUGAUAUAAUGUUUAAAAGUAGUGAAAUUCUUCACUAUUGUUUUUAGAUCUCUGAGCUUUUUAAAUAUUGUAGGAAAUGAAGCUGCUUUACUGAUCUUUAGUACUUUUUAAAUGAAUAGUGUCUGCAGGAAGAUGACAAUGAAAAUAUAACAAAAGUUUCAUUAUUUUAUGAAAGGCGGAAUUUCUAAAACCUGUCUUCUUUGUUUUUAUAACACUUAAAAUAUUUCUUCUUUGUUUAGAGACUAGUUCAGCCUAUUAGAAAUCUGGCAGAGAUGAUGCUGUGUUGGUCAGGAUUUUUAGGAUAGACUCCUGGGUUGUUUUAUAGUUGUGCCAUAUUGGCAUAUUUUACAGUGAUACCUCAAACACGGAAAUUUUAUUUAGGAAGACAGCUAAAUCUUCAUUAGCACUGAUUUUUAUUGUAUUUACUACGUGAAUUUUAUGAAGCUUGUGUCUAUGAGUAAUGUGGAAAAUUUUUAUAAAUGUUAGCAUUUAUAUUUCUUUUGUCUGAAAUGAUUUAUAGUUUUGAAGCAAGUUUCACACAGAACUUCUGGUUUCAUAAACAACUAUUGAGGUGUUUCCCUCUUUUACUUCAGUGACAAAUCUCAGUAGCAGUGACAAAAGUUUAGAAUUUUAUUCUGUACAUUUUAAAAUGUUAAGAACCAGGGAGUCACAUCAUGAAAGCCUUUAUAUAAUGAUGGAAGUUUUAUAUGAGUAAGCAUUUUCAAACAUUUAUUAUUAGAUAUAAAUGUUUCUUACAUUUUUAAUUUCACAGUGAUCAGUGUUACUUAAUUUGCUUAAUACUUAGUAUCCUUUUAUGCUCAUUUAGUUAAAUACUUAUGUUAUAACUGCAUUGCAAAUCAUCCUGUCAUCAUGACAUAGCACCAAAGAUUGCAAGUACCUCAUUGUGGUACACUUCUAAAGAGACGGCUGCAGGUAAAUUCAUGAUGGUGAAAUCAGGUAAGUAUAAUUACUCUCACAGGCUGGAAAGUUUACUGAUUCUUCCUUCACCAGCACCUGACCUGGCAUGCCCCCAAGUAAGACACAGAAGCCUCAUAACUCUUUUCAUCCAAGCUCAAGUUCUAGCAAAGUGGUUGGUACACACUACUCUCCUAGCCUUGCAACUAUGGAAGCUCUCACACUUCCCAGUUUUCCAUAACCUAAUUUACUCAUUUGGGCUCCUCAGAAAUAAAUUGUUUAGUUUAAAGAAUUAAGAGGAAACACAAAACUAUUAGAUAUUUAAGGGUUUGUUUUGUCUUUGCUUCUCAUGUUAUAAAAUAUAAUUCAUUUGUUAUUAAGAUUUUUUAAAAGUUUUUUCAAAAGCUUUUAAAAAUGAUUAGCAGAUACUUCAUAUGAAAGGAUGGCCUCAUCCCAUUGAGAGUAUAACAUGCUUAACAAGUGACAGUAAUCGUAGUGAAACAGUUAAUCAAGUUAUUUGUUAGUUUUAUAUAUGUGUUUUGUAAAGAUUAUAAAUUACCUCAUUGAGUUUUGUUCUCUGAAUGGUGGCACAAUUAAUGACUCAGAAGAGAUAUAUAAAAGUCAGCCCUCAUUUACUAGUACAGAAAAUAAAAGAUUUUAAUGGCUUUGUAAUUUUUCCUUCAAUAAUUUUCAGAAUUUUUCUUAACUAAAUUUCCCAUAUUAGCAUAAUUUAUAAAUUCCAUCUGAAUGAAAGUCAUUUAAUUUUUUCUAAAGUAAUUUUCUUCUAUGAUGAUCCUAUUAUUAAUGGGGUUCUAUACAAAUCUCACCUAAUAUAUUUAAGAAGAAAAUUCAUGAAAUUUCCUCCCACAUAGAAUAUAACAGAGGGAAAACUAAAUUUAAUAGUAACAAUUAAGUUCUCGAUAUUCUACCAACCUGUAUAACUGUCAACAGACCUAUUUAGCUUUACUGGGCCUUGAUUUGAUGUCUUUUAUAGAUAAAAUAUUGUACUAGAUUAUCUCUGAAAUCUCUUCCAGUCUUUAUUUGAGUAUCAGUAUUUAAUCAAAAUUCAAGUGAUAUUCAUUUUAGAACUUUAUUAUAGAUAAGCAAUCUGCCUUCAGCUUAUUAAUUCAUCUAUUAUCUAAGCAGAUAAAUGAUAUUUGGUUAAUUUUCUUCCCAUCCAAUGUUGUUUUCACCAGAUGCAGACAGACUUCAUAUUUAGAUUUGCAUUUGUAACCAGAUUUUAAGAAGCAGUAAGGCUGUUAUUUUUAGGCUGAUGGACCUACUCCCACACAGUUUUCCCAUUUUUUUUCUUCCAUAUCAUCUGUUGGCUAAAAUCUUUCUGAGUUUUCCCCUCCCCCAUCCUCAACCCUAUCCAGGGCCCAGGACCAAACUCAGGUCCUUGAGCAUGCUAGGCAAGCAAUCUGCCACUGAACUAAAUCCCCAACCCCUCAGAGGUAUUUUUAGUUCUUCACACUUAAUAUAUCUCCAUUUACAUCUUUAGUUCUGUGAGGCCAAAGAAUCAAUAAAUGAGAAGUAAAACAAUUAAAUGUGUGUCUGUUUCCUGUUUACUUAAAAUUGUAUAAUUAGGUCACCUUCAGUAGUAAACUAAGUGGAAGAGUUGUUAGUAAUGUUGAUAAAAAUGCCAUUGAUUCCUCUCUUUAACGUUUAUUGGAUCCCUAGCCUGACGAACAUGGUUGAGUAGUGAGGACACAGAUAAAUUUGCUUCCCUAAAGGAAUUCACAGUCUCAUUGGUAAGAGAAACAUUAGAACACACCAUUAUAUAACAAGUGCAGUAAUUGACCUGAAUUUAUAGAAAGAGAGUAUCUAAUCUAGUCUGGAGAAAUUAAAAGAGGCCACCAAGAGAAAGUAAUUCUGAGUUGCAUAUUGAUUGAAGACAAUGGUGGGCCCUCUGUCAUUUCCCCACAGAGUGGGUACUGUGAACAAAUAUCAUAUUCAGAAAAAGCUGAGUUAAUGUGCUGUAUGUAGGAAUUAUAAUCAAAUCUGGUGUUGCUAGUGUGCCAUAUGUAAGGCAGGAAGCAGUAAAAAUUCAUACUACCAUAGAGUGCUUGCCUCUCAUGCAUGAGGCCCUGGGUUUGGUCCCCAGGACCACGUAAAAAUAAACAAAUAAAAAAGAAUAAUAAAGAUAUUUUUAAAAAAUUGAUACUACCAUUUUAGAUUAUUGGUAUCAAGAAAAAGAGGUCUUAAAAGAGGUCUCGAGUUCCAUGUUUGAGAGUUUGGACUUAAAUCUAUAAGCAAUAAGACAGCAUUCAAGUGUUUGAAGGAAGGAAAUAACUUAUUGGGAUUUGGUUUCAUUCAUUUCAUAAUCAUAUUCUAUAAUCUUUAAAAGAUGAAGUUGGUCAUCAGAAGGCCACAUCGAAAAUAAUUUUUAUGCUUUAUUAUUUGUAUUCUUCUAGACCCACUUUUCUUCCUAAGAUCUGAUAAAUUCUUUAUCAAAAAUUCCAUAGUGACUUUAAGUUAUCUAAAAACACAUAAAACUCUACUGUAUUUUUUAUCAUCCCCAUUUCUAGAAUUAUGUGUACAUAUAUAUUUUCUGAAAUGUGUUUGGUUUUUAAUUUUAGUUUUUUUUAAAAAAAGACAAAGUUAUCACUGUUAAUAAUAAAUCAUUUCAAAUGUAAAAUAUAUUUUUCAAUGUAUAGAUGGGGCCAUAAUUUAAUAAGACUUCUUGCUUUUGGUAUUUUAUUUCAAUUUAUGAAGCACAACUGCUUCUGAGCUACCAGAGACACAUACCAGUUAGUUCACUUGAGGAGCCCUGACUCUUCCUCAGGUAACCUGGUGAUAAGCUACCUCAGCAGGGAGCAUGCAGAGCUCUGCUGAUGCUAGUGCUGGGAUUCAAACUUUCUGGGCCUUUGGCAUCCAAGAACUCCAGUUACCAUACCCAGGGGCUUCUGACCUCACUUGUCUCUUCUCAACUAUUCUAAAAGUAUGCAGAAUAUCAGGGAAAUGGGUGCCUUACCUAGGGCACAACACAUGAUGCAUCCAGCCAGGCCCAGCCUCUGUAUGCUUCUCCCACAGGAUGGGAGGAGUCGGAGGGACAUGAGCACUCUACUGGCCUUGAGUCUAAGUUUCCUGAUUCUCAUGUCAUAUGGCAUCUGCGCUUGCCCCUGAACAACAAAAGUUGAACUGUAUUUGUGCCUUAACUAAACUUUCUCAACCUAGAUAUUCAUCUAAAACAAAAUAGUAAUAUUAAUUAUUACUUUCUGUGUCAAGAUAGCAAAUUUCAUGUUUUUUUAAAAUCAAAGCUAUGUAAAGCAUUAAAAGCUCAAUAUGACUUUACAAAAAUAAUUGAAAAUUCUCCACUUUUAUGACCUUGUAAAAUAUAAUUUUUAUAAUGAAAUAUCUCAGCUUUCAAACUUCACAUACACUCUGAGCAAUUUUAAUAUUCCAACCUUGGCAAAGUUGUACUCCUUUUGAAUGUGAAAUCCAACUCAAACAGUAGGAUGUUGUGAUAAUGAUCUGGGACUCUGCUGUCAAUAUAGCCUCAUGUGGGUAUUUAAGUUCAUUUUAGGUGGCUAAUGUACCAGAUGGUAAAGCUAUAGAAAGAACAUUUCUAUCAUCACAGAAACUUCUCUUGGACGAUACUGGUCUAGAAGAUAGAUAUCCAUGGUUUUUCAUAGAAAUUUUGAAAGCCUAAUGAGGAAAAGUUUCUGAGCUUUGCAUGCUCAAGAACAAUAAGGCAUUCUUUUGUUAUACAAGACCAGAGAAGCUGUGUUCAGUACAUUUUGAAAGGCUGGUGUUCUAACUACAGAAAUCUUACAUACUGCAGCAGAUAUAUACAGAGGAGCUGUCUUGGUUAUUCCUUUUUUCUGUUGAAUUCCUUUAUAAAACCAUGUCUGUGUUCUUAAAAUAGAAAUCACAUUUAUGGACUUAAAAAUAAGUCUUUAAAAACAUUUGUAAUUUGCCAAAUCAAGUGUUAUUUCUACAUGUUUGGGUGGUAAGUAUUAGGUAGAACCAGAGAACUGGUUGGUUUUAUUCAUUUUAGAGAUUUUAGGGAAUUUAUCAAGCAAAGGGUUUUUGUUAUGGUAUCCCUUAAAAUACAGAAAAUACUGCACAGAUUAUAUAAUGUGAUUUUUUGUUAUGUUUUAUAAGGAAUAAUAUGUUGUAUCUCUAGAAAAUCCUCCAAAAGGCAUGGGUUGAUUUCUAAGAGACUUAAGAACAUGCUAGCUCUCAUAAAUUUAUAAGACAAUUUCCCCUAACAUUUACCUAUCCAAUUCCAUAUGUUAUAAAAAUAUUUGCUUAUAUCAAAAAAGUUGUGAAAUGUAGUGAUAUGACAUAAAUUUCUCACUGUUCCUCACUGAGAUGUUUGUUUAUCUGUAUUGUCAAUACAUUCUUAUUUCUCCUGAAGAAUUAGUAUAAUUCCAUGUAAUGCAGAAAUAUCUUAAUUAGAAAUAAAAGUAAACUUAUGCACAUAAAUAUCAAUCAAAACCUUAGAGUUGAAUAAAUUGAAUGACUAAAAUGCA